AUGACCAUGUGUUACAGCUCCAGCUACAACCUGCCCUUCGAGAAUGCGAAUGGAUACCUAGAGUACGUGAUAAGCAACCUUCCCGAGCUAAACCACUUCGUGGCUUUGUCGGAUGACGGCGCCCUCGUCGCGAAGGACCGCGCUAUAACGAAAUUCAGGACGUUGAUGCGUAAAGCGAAGGAGGCGGCCACGUCUUCAAAGGGGAAGCUAGCAGACGCUAUGCUUGGUCCAGAGCGGAAAGAAAUGACGGCGGACGAGGAGGGGGAUGUCAUGCACAGGCUGACGGGCGCCCAUACAAGGGCGUUCUCGACGCAAGCGGCUCGGUUGGAAACCCUGGUGGCCGGGAAGAAGUGCGAAGGUUACAUGACCGAUUUGAUAACAAACAAGACGAAGUGGGCGUUCUGCUGCCGGCCCACUGUCCUCACGCUAGGCAUGGUUGCCACUCAGCGCACGGAAGGUUUAUUCGGAGUGGCGAAGCGCUCGGGUGUCGAGAAGAAGCUUUCACUGUGCGCUCUUUGGGAUCGCCUGCAACACCUGAGCAAGAUGAUUGCCAUCGAGACAGCGAGGUUAGCGACCCCCCCAAUCACCCCUGGGGUGGCGUUCCGGGACAAGCUCGUCGAGGAAUUCUUCCAGCCCGUGAAGCAAGAGCUUUUGGCCUGUGGUGCCAGCCAGUACUGCCAGAAAGAGAUCAGAGCUCAGGUCGACGGAUUGGAGUCGUAUGACGUCGAACUGGUGACUUCCGGAAAUGUGGACGAAGACGGACAACCGCUUCCUCUACACGACGACGACUUUGUCCAGAUACGCAAUUUGCGCCUCAAGCUCAACAUUCUCCAGGUCGCACCACCUGAUACCGAUCUGGAGAGAGACUCGUUAGCUGACGAACCUGCAGAGGACAACACCAUGUGGGCUCGUACAUCGCUGCCAGCUUUGUUGGAAUUGAUCGCCGGCUUCCCUAUCGAACUGGUCGCGGCCGUUCGAUACAAGCGCUACUUCGCGGUUCUUGUCAACCUCAUCGGGAGAACUGGCGGGGGGGACGAGUUGAGCUUUACGCAUGCCUUCGACGGUGCGUGUGUCCACAACCGUUGGCGUCAAUCAGACGACGGAAAGGUUUUGCCAUGGAGCGUCUCAUUAGUGCUGUCGUCGUCUGGCCACGGCGAAGGAUGGGACGGGCAUCACCAAGGAAGCGAUGACCACUGCUGGGGACCGACAUGCGACCAAUCGUUCGAUGGCGCACACCCCGCUGAACGCGCGGUGCGGGCCGCGCAGGAAAAAAGCGCUGCCGACAAUCGUCGCUUCUACGCCCAUCUCAUGGCGAAGAGCAAGGAGAACGUAGGAGAUGUAAUGAGGUCCGUACCCCUUCACCAAGCACUGUCCGUCCAGGUCAAGAUUGACGAUUUCCUCGGGUAUCUUCUGAAGGAGACCGCGGGAGGCACAGAAGGACCCAAGAAUCUUGGGCAAGCACCCAAGAAAGGGAGACCUAAGGAGGACGGCAAAGAGGGAGCUGGCAACCCUGCGGGCCAGAAAGGAAAAUCCCGUCAGACUAGGAGGAUGAGGGACUUCAGCGACGUGCCACGGACGAACAAGAGGAGAAAGCUGAAAGGCGCUGAUACCAGCACCUAACCAGCUACUCUUGUCCCGUCACUUCCACACGCGUUUACCUGACCAGUUAUUUUCCGUCUAUUGCUUUUUUCAUCGCUGUCCGCGGUUGCGUGGGGACAUGUUCGAGCGUCUGUGUUCAGACAGAAUGUAUGGAAACGGUCGGUAUGAAAAACGGUGUGUACCUUAGUCUGACUUUCACGUCGCAUUGUUGACCGGGAGGCAACACGUUCGUGGCGGCGAACAUACGUUCAUCACCGAUGUCUCAAAAGGUUUGGGAUUGUUUGCGAUCGUUUGUGAGUGUUUGCGUUGUCUUUGUUUUUUUCUUCGUUGUUUUUGUUUCGGAAAGCGAGAACAAACGAAUGAGUCAUCAAUCCCUGAUGUGAUGAACGUUACAUUUGGGCACAGUACAAUGCAUAGCCGUAGCGAUCACAGCAGGGUG